AUGCUCUUCUCGUUCACUCUCAUUCUGGCCUGCCAGCUGGGCCGCGCCCUUCUUGCCACCGCUUCGCCCGUCAGUGUCUGCACGUCCCUGAACGAGCCGUCCCACGCGCUCCUCCAAUGGACCCCUCCCGCGUCCGUCCCUGAGCUGCUGCCCGCCUUCCAGGCCAAGAUUGACUGGGACCUCGAUAACAACCACACGAUCCAGACACCCGCAGGUCUUCGCGCGAGCUGGUGGAGUCGCGAGGGCUACUGGUACGACACCAAGGGUCGCCUCUUUGGUGAGAUUCUCCGCGCCAACGACGACGGCAUUGUCACGCCCGGAACCACCCCAGGGACGCGUUUCCUCGAACUCAUCAUCACCUACGUAGUGAAGCUUGACGAUGGCUACUGGGCCUACGUGAAGCACACCGGCGGUGCCAUUGUCCGGCAGUACCAGAACGGCGUCGUGCGUGUGGAAACCGACUCUCCAAAGUAUAGCUGGCUGAACCGCAUCGACUUUGUGGCACCCGGAAGCUUCAACGGCACAGAGAUCAUGACCGUAAACCACUACUUUCCCAACGCGGAUCAGCUUCCCAACGGCCUACCCGCUAGGAGGCGUUUCCAGUAUGAUGAGCAGCUUGUCACGGCAGGCAGAAUACGGCUGAGUCACAUGUUCUGA